AUGACUGAGAGUCCUGAACUGGAGUACUACAACACUGGCCCCUGUUUGAAAGGAGUGCACUACAUGGAGAAUGGGUUGCCAUGGGACAUUGGUCAAAGCAGACAAACUACUGCCGCUGCUGCACAGGAGAGUCUUCUAUCUGCUGUUGACCCUGACCUUCACGUCAAACAACCUGGUCCGCUCGACCUGUGUGGGAGCCUGGGAAAGUGUUUCAAUCACAACACUCCUCCCUCCAUCAGUGUCCAUCACAACACUCCUCCACCCAUCAGUGUCCAUCACAACACUCCUCCCUCCAUCAGUGUCCAUCACAACACUCCUCUACCCAUCAGUGUCCAUCACAACACUCCUCCCUCCAUCAGUGUCCAUCACAACACUCCUCUACCCAUCAGUGUCUAUCGCAACACUCCUCCACCCAUCAGUGUCCAUCACAACACUCCUCCACCCAUCAGUGUCUAUCGCAACACUCCUCCCUCCAUCAGUGUCCAUCACAACACUCCUCCACCCAUCAGUGUCCAUCACAACACUCCUCCACCCAUCAGUGUCCAUCACAACACUCCUCCACCCAUCAGUGUCCAUCACAACACUCCUCCCUCCAUCAGUGUCCAUCACAACACUCCUCUACCCAUCAGUGUCCAUCACAACACUCCUCCACCCAUCAGUGUCCAUCACAACACUCCUCCCUCCAUCAGUGUCCAUCACAACACUCCUCUACCCAUCAGUGUCCAUCACAACACUCCUCCCUCCAUCAGUGUCCAUCACAACACUCCUCUACCCAUCAGUGUCUAUCGCAACACUCCUCCACCCAUCAGUGUCCAUCACAACACUCCUCCACCCAUCAGUGUCUAUCGCAACACUCCUCCACCCAUCAGUGUCCAUCACAACACUCCUCCACCCAUCAGUGUCCAUCACAACACUCCUCCACCCAUCAGUGUCCAUCACAACACUCCUCCACCCAUCAGUGUCCAUCACAACACUCCUCCACCCAUCAGUGUCCAUCACAACACUCCUCCCUCCAUCAGUGUCCAUCACAACACUCCUCUACCCAUCAGUGUCCAUCACAACACUCCUCCACCCAUCAGUGUCCAUCACAACACUCCUCCCUCCAUCCGUGUCCAUCACAACACUCCUCUACCCAUCAGUGUCCAUCACAACACUCCUCUACCCAUCAGUGUCCAUCACAACACUCCUCUACCCAUCAGUGUCCAUCACAACACUCCUCCACCCAUCAGUGUCCAUCACAACACUCCUCCACCCAUCAGUGUCCAUCACAACACUCCUCCCUCCAUCAGUGUCCAUCACAACACUCCUCCCUCCAUCAGUGUCCAUCACAACACUCCUCCACCCAUCAGUGUCCAUCACAACACUCCUCCACCCAUCAGUGUCCAUCACAACACUCCUCCCUCCAUCAGUGUCCAUCCCAGGAUCCAGAAAGAAUCAGUAUGUGCCAAACAGACUCGGGACAAUGCCAUGAUAUAG